AUGAGCGGGCUGGAUGCUCCCGAAAUCGCCGAGGCGUACCAGGUCGUGCGGGACGACAAGAACGCCACCAACUGGAUGCUCUUGUCGUACGCAGCACCGACCGGCAACCGGCUCGCCCUGAGCCGGACGGGCACGGGGGGCAUCGGAGAAAUGGCAGCCGGGCUGGACGAUGCCGAGGUCCAGUACGGCUACGUGCGCGUCGAGUACGCCAACGACAAGGAGAGCACGCGCGUCAAGUUUGUUCUGGUGGUCUGGAUCGGCGAGGGCACCAGGGUCAUGCGCAAGGCCAGGGUGAGCGUGGAGAGCGGCGCGGUCAAGCAGGUUCUUUCGCACCAUAGCAUCGCCGUGACGGUCAGCGACAGGGGCGACCUGGAGGAGAAGGAGCUGGUGGCGAGGCUGCGCAAGGCCGGAGGCGCCGACUACAACGGCGGCCGGGGAUGA